GGAGCGACACGAACACGCAGAGGAGCCUCCUUCACUAACUAAUACAGCUCGGGCUUGUUUUAAGACGGAGGACAACAUUAUCAAAGGCGUUGUCCUCCAAAUCUCUAUGGUGAAUGUUGGUAAGCAUUCUUGGACGAGUGUUUGAGCGUGCCAGCAGAUGCCAGACGCCAGUGCCACGGUGACUCCGGGAAAGGUUGGCGGCGGCACCCUGCGAGUCACUCCUGCUGCCUCCGCCCCUUCGCCUCACCGUCUGUCAGUGGGUUGGCUCUCAGAAGGUGACUCCGAUCUGGUCCUGAUGAGUGGGGGUGCGGGCUGGAUGGGGUUUGGCCAGACCCAGCGGUCACGGCCUGCCAUGAGGUCGGCCCAUUAUGAUGACCCCUGGCAGCCACGCACCUCCCAUGCCCCUGCCCUUGUACCUUCUGCCUCCACCUCCACCCAACAGCCUGUCUCUCCAGGACCUCAGACAAGGACACCUUAUUCCCUCUACCCUACAGCCCCAACCACUUCUCGGUCUCUCUCCCCUCAGCCUCCAGCCGGGACUUCCCAUGACACCCUCUCUUCUCAAUCUCCUGGAAAGUCUCGUUCUCUUUCCCCUCAGCCUCGUUCACAGCUACCAUCAGGAAGUGUCUUCUUCAACACUAUCAAGGCUUCCAGGGAGAGGCAGAGAGUCAUUGCUGCAACCAAUGCUCUCAAAAAUCCCUCACAGGGAAAGACAGACCUUGGCAAUGUGGUUCUGUACCUCCAAGGGUCUGUGGACGCGAAGGAGAGCACUCUAGAUCCGCAGGUGACGGAGCGACACUGGCGGCAGAAACAGCUUCAGAGACAAGAGAUUCAGAAACAACAGGAAAGUCAAGCAAAAAGGUUUAAACAGCAAAGGGAACAGAACCAAGAAGAACAACAAAGACUACAUGGGCACCAGCAGCAGCUCCAUCAACAACAACAGUACUUGCAAAACCAACAUCAAGAACAGCAAAGAAUUCUGCAAAAACAACAACUGCUCCAAGCUUCUGUUCUCAAGAAACAACAAGAAAACUUUCUCAGAACACAGAGACGGAAGCCCAGCCCGCAGCUCCUCUAUCAACAGCAACACGUCAAGCAACAGCUGGCACGGCAACACCAAAUCCAGCAACAGCAGCUCCUCUAUUACCAAGGACAGCAAGCACAUUCCCUUCAACAACAGCUCUAUCAGGUACAACAGCAGCUUACCAGCCUGCAGCAAAAGGAUUUGCAGGUACAGCAAGAGGAACAGAAGUUCAAAGAAGAAAUAGAACAAGAGAAACAGAGACAGGAAGAACAAAAACGGCUUGAUGAAGAGCAACUGGUAAUAGAACAGCAGCUUGGAAAACAGACUGAUUCAACACAAGAAAAUAAAAAUGAGGAUUUCAAUUACAUUAACUCCCUCCUAAAAAAUGUGUUAGAACCCUCUGAGGAAGAAGAAAGAACAGAAAAUAAUGAAGCAGAGAAAUUUCAAUGCAAGGAAAUGAAGAAGAAAGUAGAGGAGGAAGAGAAAGAGGAAGGAAUGGAUGAAAAUCAAAAUAACAAAAUCUCACAAAGAUCUCCAGGACCUCCUCAUGAGGAAGAGGAAGGUGUGGAAAGCUGUGUUGGCAGAGUUAGGUCCUUUAGCUUCAGUAAUGUGGUAACAGAGGACACCAGGGAGGAGUCCGAUUACACUAGACACCGUCGAAAGUCUCUGAGUCUAAGCAAGGGCCCAUCUGGACUAAAUCUUGGACCAUCACAGCUGCACCUUGGGCCAGCAGGUCAUCAGAAAGGCCCAGGGAAUUUGAAUAAAGGUCCUGCCUGGUUGAGUAAGGGACCUGGGCACCUGAGUAAAGGGCCCCUUGAGGUGCAGAGAGGUCCAAGUUGCCUAAGUAAAGGGCCUGCAGAUAUCAACCAAGGACCGUCGGAGAGGCACACAGGGCCAUCAGGAGUCAACAAAGGUCCGAGCCAUCUGAACAAAGGCCCGUCAACACAACACACUGUUUAUCCUACCUCAUACAAGGGGCCUUCUUCCUUGGCAAAAGGCCCAGCCAAUAAGAUAUUGGGUCCAGCAAAUGCAAGAGUGCCUUCUGAACAUACCCCCUGAAAUGGUAGGCAGACACAAUUAGUCAAAAGUCUUGAGUGCCUAUAUAAUCAAACUGCUUUGAGCUUCAUGAUGUGUAAUAUUACCAAAUGAUCAAUGAGAAGCAAAUCUCCUCUAAUACAAUAAUGAUGACAAGCAAAAGUUAUUCUUGUAUAUGCAAAAAAUAGUUAUAAUAUUUAUAUGUAUAUUAUGAUAAUCUUCAGUUUGUGAUAUAUAAUCAGUAUACUAUAAGUUGAUUACUUUCUCAUUCCCAUACUUGUAGCUGCUGCCCUAAAUAGAUAUGUCAAAGACUGAUGAUAACAUUUGACCAAACCAAAACUGAUAAACCCUUGGUGAGGGCCAUUAUCCAGCACAGACACAAAGGAAAACCAAAGAAAAUAAGAGCACUUCAAAAAACCCUAUCAAAAAUAUAAAAAAACUAUACACUAUGACUCAUUUCCUUCUAAGCCCUUUGCCUUAUCCUUCCACCUGUUCUGGCUGGCAGGGAUAGAUGACCACUGGGGAUCCCUCCCCUGGGAGCUAUUUCCUUCUCACAGAAAACGGGAGGCACUCAUGCCAAAACCAAUGGCCAUUGAAUUCAUUCCAGACACUUUUCAGUAAGAUAUAUGACUCAAGAUAACCAGACUUGAAGACAAACACGCAUUCCUCAAGCCACUUUACAAAACUUACGCACCAGACGUCUCAGUCCUGAGAACAUCAUCAGCAUUUCCAUAAUCUGGCAGCACUGAGCUUUACAUUUCAUAGUUUAGACAUCAAGGUUUAUUCUGCAUUUCAUAAACUAUAUUUUCCUUUUUCUUGUUAUGAAUGAGGCUAAUCUGCCUCAGAGAGACACAAGAAGUCAGUGUCGUCACAAAAAGAUUCGGGCGUUACUCAUGCGUUCACCACUGUGUACAUCCACCAGUACACAAGUCUACUCACCAGACUCUGGAUGUCUCACUUUCUCCUGUGUAUUUAGUUAGCUAUCUAUACAUACCGUAUAAACCAUAAGUUAUACUACAAUGCCACUGUAUUUAGCCAAUCUCAAAAAUACCACAAUAAAUUAUAGUUUGAUAUCAUAAAGCUUUUGAUGUACAUACAUGUUACUGUAGCCAGGGAGUAAAUUGUCUUUUAACAGACGAGGUUAAAUGCAACUGCGGCUUCUGCUCUUUUCUAUUUCUAUGUCUACUUAACUCUAUUUUACCAGUGUCUGAAAUCCCGAGGAACUGUCCAAAAGGCAAGUUGCUUGUAGUGACAUUUCGUUCCAGCCUGGGGACGUCUUAGGCAGAAUGAGGGUAACUGUGGUGUGCACCUUAUCAAUACUAAAACUGCCCAAUCACAAGCCAGUUCUAGCAUUUAUAAGGAGGUACUCACCAUAGCUAGCCUAAUUCUGCCCGAGAAGUUUCCGAGGCUGGAAUAAAACGUCACAAGUAACUUUAGUUUUAGAGAGCUCUACGGGUUUUCAAAUGCCGUUAAAACAGUUGAGUAGACAUCCAGAAAAAAUAUGGCAGAAGCAGCAGUUGCAUUUAAUCUCGUGUUUGAAAGAGAACACACAAAUAUAUGUAUAAUCAUUAUGAAAGAACUCAUAUAUCAGCACUUUACAUAAAUUUACAUAAUGGCAGGAUGUGGUAACUAUACAUUAUCAAUCAAUCAAUCAAUGGGGGCAUACGGCGGGGGGGCACGUCGCCUCACCCACCCUACGACGCCAGGCCCGGGGGUCCCUCCAGGCGAGUCUCCAUGCAGGCCCCCUUCCCAACCUGAGUACCUACCGGCAAGAUCUAUCGACUAGCUCAAGCCACGAACUCCGUGGGCAUCCCCUUGGCCUCCUCCACUCAGGAUUGUCUCUUACAGAGACAGCCCAAUGAGCAGGAUCAGCUUCCGGAAAACGUGUCAUGUGCCCGUAUAGCCGGAGAUGGCGUUGACGGACUAUGCAGGUAAUAUAUGUCGAAUCAGUCUCACGGAGUAGCCGCCGGUUUGACACAGUCAUUCCAGCGAUAUCCCAUGAUUCUGCGUAGACACUUAUUACCAAAGGCAUCAAUCUGCCUCUCCAAGUCCCCAUUUAUUGUCCAUGUCUCACAACCAUAGAGCAAGACAGGGAGCACAAGGGACUUGAAAAUCCAGAUCUUUGUCCUUCUGCACAGGUAUCGACAAUGCCACAUACUCGUGUUGAGCGAGUCCAUAACACCAUGGGCCAGACCAAUCCGCCGUAGGACUUCCUGGCCAGACUCACCGUUGCUAUGAACUACACUACCUAUACAUUAGGCUACUUCUAUUAGCUGAGUC